GCGACGCUCCGGCCGCGCAGGCGAAAAAACAAGAUACCUCUCGCGGCUCCCAAAAGAGCCCGUGCGCCGCCGUGUCCGUCACCCCAACCGCCUCCAAGAGUGCCCCACGCACCCAAGUACCCCGCGCGCCGCCGUUACGCGCCGCGCGCGCACCCCCAAAAAUGUUCGCGUCGCACAGGCGAAACCGUGACCACAAAACCACCUACGCCGGCUCCACACGAGCCCGCACGCCCCAGCGUCCACGUCCACACGACUGCGUUACCGCCGCGACCGCAGGCGAACACCUCGGCAAACAUCACGACCCCGCGUCCUACAAACGCGCCCCCUUCGUCCCCCCUUAGGCGAGCGAACAUGUCGUCCAAGGCCAAGGCUGCCAAGGAGGAAGCCCCGUUGUCGCCGACGAAGAAGGGCAAGAAGUCGACGAAAGGCAACAGUCCGAAGAAGGACCCGAAGUCGCCGGCCAAGGUCAAGUCUGUGACGAAGGCGGCGGAGACGCCCGUCAAGACAUCGAGCAAGAAGAAGGCGGCGGAGACGCCGCAGACCAAACCGAAGGAGAAGAAGACCGGCCCCUACGAGGCGCGCUGGAAGAAGGCCAUGUACGUUUUCCCUUGAUAUACUUUCUAUCACAUAUACACGUAGGAGCAUCUUCCAGAAGUUCCAGCCCGGGUUAGGACACGACGGCACCGGUUUGUAUGGUACAUUGACAGCCGGCACGAUGCGCACGAUGAUUGAAAGAUGUGAAGUGGUAGGACGGACGCACGUCGACGUCGGCGCGGCCGACGGCAAAGUGUUGCUGGGGGCUUUAUCGCUCGGCGCGGCGCACGUCUAUGGCGUCGAGAUUUCGGGAGACGGUCUACAGACGAAGUUCGAGGGCAUGCGCGACGUGCUGGCCCAGAGCCACAGCAUGGGCGCGUCGUCGGCGCGCCUCGCUUGUAGCAUCGACAUCUGCGAUUUACGAGGAGCUACCGUCGAGGCUUGGUUAAAUGAAGUCUUCAACGAGUCCGACGAUACGGAGAUUACCGUGAGUGCGGUCUGGCACGGGUACGUUCUUUACUUUGAUAUGUUUAUGACAUACGUUAUAUAGGUUCAACACCGAGGCCAAGGAAACUUUACUCAGCGCGUGCGCCCGGUCACAGCGCGUGACGCGCUUUUCAUUGAUAGGCCCCGCCAAAAGAGAUUACGGCAACCCCGAGGCUGUUAUUGAUUGGGUCGGCCAGCAGGGCGGCGCGUGCAAAUUGGUAGGGGACGACAAGGGCCACCUGUCGGGGAGCGGCGAGAACCAGCGCAUCAUGACCUUCGAGAAAACGGACGCCGGGUCCUCGCCGCAGCGGGCGCUCGCCUUCGACGACUAGUAGCUCUAUCAUCAUCUCGCUCGGCGCCGACGUUCUGCCGCGGCGCGCCCCUGUUCGACCCGCGUAUAUCAUGGAUUAAUAUAGACUACAGAGA